AUGGUAGUAGCCACAGUCAACCUCGGUGGCAGGCUUGCCCACAACCGUGCAGUCCGGACUAAACCGAAACAGAAGCAAUACAACCGACGGGAAUUGCAGUUCGAAGCAGCACGGUGUGCGGUGACUAGUCGGUUCCUCCUCAACCUCGACACACGACUGGACGAGCGAACAACCACCGCCGCGGAAUUGGCGACCGACUUUACCAAUACUCUGCUCGACGCAGCGCGGACGACCCUGGGGGAGGAACCGCGGAGACGCCGCACGCAGGAGUGGUGUGAGACCCCAGAGACGCGAGCAGCGCUGGAGCAGGCCCUUACCAAACGUCAGGAAGCACAACUACGGAAGCACAACUACAGGGGGAUUUCGCUACUAUCUCACGUAGGCAAAGUCCCCAUCAAGAUAAUCACCAACCGUCUAAGCGCCUUCUGCGAAGCCAACAACAUCCUCCCGGAGGAACAGUGCGGAUUUCGACCCGGGCGAUCCACCGUCGACAUGCUGUUCGUCGUGCGCCGCCUCCAGGAGGUGGGGCGGAGAAAGAAAAUUCCGCCCUUCAUGUGCUUCGUCGACUUGAACAAGGCUUAUUAUUAGGUGGGCCGAGAGAUGCUAUGGAAGGUGCUGACCAGGGCCAGGAUUCCCCCGAAGCUGAUCGAGGUCAUCCGCCAACUCCACGAUGGAAUGCGGGCCCGGGUGCGCAUGGACGACGGAGAACUAUCGGACUGGUUCUUCGUGACACAGGGCGUGCGACAAGGAUGUGUGCUAUCCCCACUGCUGUUCAACAUCUUCUUCGCCGAGGUCGUCGAGGUCGUUGUCAUCCGAUUCAGCGAGGAUGAUGUUGUUCUGCGGAGCCUGGUGUGCUUGGAGGAGGGGAAGACGGAGACGGAAGGGGGGG